AUGCGCCACACCAGAAAUGAUAUUCCUUACUCUUGGUUCUGGUUUGGUAAGCCUAUUUACAAAGGCUACUACCGAGGGGAGCGAAUCCGCCCUGUUUUAGUCAGCGAUACCUUUGCAGAAAAUGCACGAUCUUCGCGUGUUUUACGGGGGGCUUCACCAGCCGAGAAGCCAUCUCACUCUCGUUUUCGUUGCGGGAUGCAUAACGAGAAGACCCGGCCUCCAACCCCCAACAGCAGUGAAGCCACGAGUUCCAGCUCAGGCCGGAAGUGCUGUAGCUGUUGCCCGCUUGCUAAACAAGAGCUGGAGACCUUCUCGCAGGUCAGGGGAUUUCCGUGUGAAUCUGGCUCUGGAGUUUCUACUCCUUCUACCCCAGGCCACUCUCACCUUAGGUCUACUCCAGCAAUGGGACAAUCUCCGGGACAUUGUCAUCAUGAAUUCUCUUCUCAGGGUCAUACAGUGGCAGCUUCUAGCGACCAUUUUCAUGACUGCCACCAUUCAGGCUCGGUGAGGAACUAUCAGCAGGCUGAGUCCGCUAGCAAUAAGACUCCUGAGGUAAAGUGUACCUCCAAGUCAUGCGGGCCUCCUCCUUCGCCUGAGACGAGUCACGGUCACCAUUGCUGUCACUCAGAUAACUGCCACGAUACGCUCUUCACUACGAAUGCUUCAGAAGAUACUCGUUCUGAAUUCUCGGUUGAGCCUACUCCCCAGAACGAUCGAGAUGAAUGUCGAUGUGGCCGUCUAUUUUUGGCGAUUCCCGUUGUUCCUGUUGGAGUGGAGUUUUUAACAGAGUGA